AUGGAAGGCUAUCUUCAACCAUCUGAUAGGUCUUUGAGUGACAGCGUCUCAACCCUGGAUCUGGGUCCACCCUUGAUCGCAUUCGACCUAUCAUCGGACCAUGGUGACUCUUCUGCACUCAACACAGAUAUCGAAAUGGGCCCUUCUCCGGUCGAUAGUCCUAUCACACAGGCUUGGGGCGAUUCAGACUGGGAUCCGAUGCAAGAACCUUCAGAACCGAUGAAGCUGACUUUGACUCUCUCUUUGAUUCAGAGUCAGACCCUCUACCCAAUAUCAACAUUGAAUCCGAAUCAGAACCAGCAUCGCCUCCUAAAGGUAGCAUUGUGGUUGACGACCUCCUUGAAAAUCAUUAUCAAGCUGUCGAGUGGGAGCCCGGGUGGCCCUUGUAUUUUUGGGAUCCGUUUGUUGACGUUCAAUGGGAAGUGA